AUGGAGGUUGUGAGAAGUCUCCUUCCUUUGGCCCUUUUGAUUGCAACAUGCUUUGCAGAGUUUAAUUCGACUGAGGAUGAAGGCAAUUCAAACUGCAAGGCCAGUCUGGGAGGGGCCAAUAUGGGAGAGACCCACAAUGCCAUGAUCUUGCAGCUCAAUCCCAGUGAGAACUGCACCUGGACAAUAGAAAGACCAGAAAAUAAAAGCACCAGAAUCAUCUUUUCCCACAUCCAGCUGGAUCCAGACGGAAGCUGUGAGAGCGAAAAUAUUAAAGUCUUUGAUGGAACCUCUACCAAUGGGCCUCUGCUAGGGAAAAUCUGCAGUCAAAAUGAUUAUGUUCCUGUAUUUGAAUCAUCAUCCAGUACAUUGACGUUGCAAAUCAUCACUGACUCUGCAAUAAUUGAAAGAACUGUCUUUAUCUUCUACUACUUCUUUUCAGACAUCUCUAUUCCAAACUGUGGUGGCUACCUGGAUGCUUUGGAAGGAUCCUUUAGCAGCCCCAAUUACCCAGGGUCACAUCCUGAGCUGGCUUACUGUGUGUGGCACAUACAAGUGGACGAAGGUUAUAAGAUAAAAUUAAGCUUCAAAGACAUUUUCCUAGAAAUAGACGACCACUGCAGAUUUGAUUUCAUUGCUGUCUAUGACGGCCCCUCCACCAAUUCUGGCCUGAUUGGACAAGUCUGUGGCCUUGUGACGCCCACCUUCGAAUCUUCGUCAGAUUCUUUGACUGUCGUAUUAUCUACAGAUUAUGCUAAUUCCUACCGGGGCUUUUCUGCUUCCUAUACUUCAAUUUAUGCAGAAGACAUCAAUACUACAUCUUUAAUUUGCUCUUCUGACAAGAUGAGAGUUAUCAUAAAUAAAUCGUACCUAGAGACAUUUAACUAUAACGAGAAUAACUUACAACUAAAGGACCCAACUUGCAGACCAAAAUUAUCAAAUGUUGUGGAAUUUUCUAUCCCUCUUGAUGGAUGUGGUACAAUCAAAAAGGCAGAAGAUCAUUCAAUUACUUAUACCAAUAUAAUCACCUUAACUGGGUCCCCAGCUUCUGAAGUGAUCACCCGUCAGAAACAACUGCAGAUUAUUGUGAAGUGUGAAAUGGAACACAAUUCUACUGUGGAGAUAAUGUAUAUAACAGAAGAUGAUGUAAUACAAAGUCAGAUUGCGCUGGGCAAAUAUAAUACAAGCAUGGCUCUUUUUGAAUCUAAUUCAUUUGAAAAACCUCUACUUGAGUCACCAUAUUUUGUGGAUUUGAACCAAACUCUUUUUGUUCAAGUCAGUCUGCACACCUCAGAUCCAAAUUUGGUGGUGUUUCUUGAUACCUGUGAAGCCUCUCCCACAUCUGUCUUUGCAUCUCCAACCUAUGACUUAAUCAGGAGUGGAUGUAGUCGAGAUGAGACCUGUAAGGUGUAUCCCUUAUCUGGACACUAUGGAAGAUUCCAGUUUAAUGCCUUUAAAUUCUUGAGAAGUCUGAGCUCUGUGUAUCUGCAGUGUAAGGUUUUGGUAUGUGAUAGCAGUGACCAUCAGUAUCGCUGCAAUCAAGGCUGUGUCUCUAGAAGGAAACGAGACAUUUCUUCGUACAAGUGGAAGACUGAUUCCAUCAUUGGACCUAUUCGUCUGAAAAGGGAUCGAAGUGCAAAUGGAAAUUCAGGAUUUCAGCAACAAACACAUGCAGAAGAAACUCAGAACCAGCCUUUCAAUAGUCUGCAUCUAUUUUCAUUCAUGGUCCUUGCUCUGAAUGUAGUGAUUGUGGCCACGAUCAUAGUGAGGCAUUUUGUAAAUCAACAGACAGACUAUAAAUACCAGAAGCUACAGGACUAUUAA